UUUUCGUUAAUUUGAUGUCUCCGUCUUUUACAAAAAACCCCAAUUUUUUUUUUUUUAAAUUAUUGCCUCUUAUUUUCCUCAACUUUCUUAUCACCCAAACAGUCAAAUUUUGACCGAUGGGAAAUUCAGGAAGCAAUAGCCGUAGGCACCACCAUAGCCAUCCAUCGCCGGCGCCGCAAGCCCAAAUCACGACAAGUCAAUACGCAUUCGCUGCUCCAUCUCAAUAUCCAAACCCUAAUAUACCUUACCAGUAUCAUCAAUACGCUCCUGGAUACUAUCCGUCGCAUCCUAUGCCGUAUCGCCCAGUUCCUCAUCAUUUAUAUCGUUACCCUUGUGGUGCACCUCCGCCUAUGUUUUCGCCACCGGUAGAGCAUCAGAAGGCUGUAACAAUUAAGAAUGAUGUGAAUAUAAGGAAAGAUAGUAUUAGGGUUGAGGAAGACGAAGAGAAUCCCGGAAAAUUCCUCGUCUCUUUCACUUUUGAUGCCACCGCCGCCGGAAGGAUUACAGUAGCUUUUUUUGCUAAAGAAGGUGAAAAUUGUAACCUUACAGCUACAAAGGAAGACAUGCUUAAACCAGUCAGUAUAUCUUUUGAACAAGGUCUUGGUCAAAAGUUUCGACAACCAAGUGGGAUGGGGAUUGAUUUCUCCAUGUUUGAGGAUGUAGAGUUAAAGAAAGAGGAUGCCGAGGGGGUUUAUCCUCUAAUGGUGAAGGCUGAGGCACGCCACUUAAACAAUGAUGAAUUGGGAACAAACUCAACUGGGAAUUCUCAGAUCACUUUGGCUGUGUUUGAUAAGAAAGAAAAUGAUAAAUACUUUGUUAGAGUGAUUAAACAAAUUCUAUGGGUGAAUAGUACAAGAUAUGAGCUGCAGGAGAUUUUUGGGAUUGGGAACUCUGUGGAAGUUGAAUCUGAUGAAAAUGAUUCUGGAAAAGAAUGUGUGAUUUGCUUGUCAGAACCACGAGACACUACUGUCCUCCCUUGCCGACACAUGUGUAUGUGCAGUUCAUGUGCCAAGGUGUUGCGAUUUCAAUCAGACCGAUGCCCCAUCUGCAGGCAACCAGUUGAGCGCCUCCUGGAAAUUAAGGUGAAGGAUGCAGUUGAUGAGUGAGGAUUGUUUCCUGCCAAUAAAAGGUGACUCAGUGCAUGGAGCAUCUCAUGAUUAUGGGCUUUAGAGAGAGUUGACACAUGCGGCCUUCUCCUGCUUUUGCAGAGAGGUUAUCUCUCCGUCUCCUGCCAAUGUGUUAAUUUAUUCAGUUUGUCUUUUGAUGUCUUCACUUUCAGGAAUAAAAGAUGCAGUGUGAAGAUCGUAUUUCUUUGUAUCACCCUAAUGCUAUUCUUUGCAAUCAGAAUUGUGUCGUAUAUAGUGUA